AUGGCGCAAGAAGAGAUGGCACCGGCAUCUGCGGAACAGUGCGAUUUGAAAUCGAAGCUAUCGACCGAGGACGAGAAACCACAACAGGACGCUGAACCUUUGCGCGUGCUGGCGUUCGACACGCAAAGUACUUGUGCGCAACUGUUCAGCAAGCAAUUAUCGAGUUAUCUGAAGCUGGGCCAAAUACACCAUCCGUACGUACUGGCGGCAACUCUGGGACCCGAACGCAUCCACCGGGACAUCGGCAGUGAACAUACGAGGCAGCUAUGGCACGGUCGGGCGGAGGGAGCGAAUUGGAAGACGAGGUCGACUACGUACCAAGUCGCGACGAACGAUCUUCUACGUAAAGCGGACAAGAUUGAACAGAAGGGCCAAACGGUCUUCAUCACCGAAUACGCACCCUUCAUCAUAAACCACGACAUCAUGGCCUCCGUCCUCUCAAGCCAAGAAACCAUCGUCUCCCGCCUCCAAAACCCGACAACGAUCCCCGACGACCUUCUCAAGCUCUUCACCCCCAUCAUCUUCAUCUCUCACCCAGCCCUCAUCAUCCCCGCCUGGUUUCGCCUCGCCAAAGCCGAAUACGGCGUCCAUCCCGUCGACGGCGCCGACUUCACCGUCUGGACCUCCCUCCGCUGGUCCCGCAUGCUCUUCGACUACCUCCGCAACACCGACCACCUGAAGCGGCAGGACUCAAUAGGCUCAAAACGCUCCUCCGGUCGCUGGGAGCCCGGGUACGUCGCCACCAGGCCAUUCGUUAUCGAUUCGGAUGAUGUCGCGAACAACACCCACGCCAUGGUCGCCGCGACCUGCCGCCUACUCGGCCUCGACUACAAGGAAGUCGGCACCAGCUGGCUCAAGUACUUCGAGCGCGCCGCCUCCACCGUCAUCCGCCGCGCCAUGCCGGCGGGCAUGAUGACCAACUUCUCCGAACGCAUCCUCGGCUCCCAACCCACUGCCAUCUCCCUCGACGCCGAAACCGCGAAAUGGCGUGCCGAAUUUGGCGCCGACGCCGCGGGCAUGCUGCGCAGGAAAGUCGACCAGGAGAUGGUGCAUUACAAGUACCUGCAGAACUUCAAGGUUAGAGUGCUGCCGAGUCUGACGACCGCGGCGCUGGUGCAGAAUAUUACUGGCGUGCCCGGGAGGAGGAAUAGUGCGGUGUGGCCGAGUGAGGGCGGGGAGUGGGAGGAAUUUGGAGCGCAGCAUCCGUUAAGGAUUAUUCAGAGUGCGAUUGAGAGGCCGAUUUCGCCGAGGAGGGAGUCGGAUUGGCGGUGA